GGCCCGAGUCCUCCGGGAGACACUCCGCAACCCGAACGCCAAUGAGGGUAACACCCGCGGCCGCACCCACAUUGGCUCCGGGAAACCGGAAGUGCGUGCGUCUGACUGAAGGGCUCCUCCUGCACGCGUCCGCUGAGCUGGGCCCCUCAGAGAUUAAAAUGGCUUCCAGAGGAAAGACAGAGACAAGCAAAUUAAAGCAGAAUUUAGAAGAACAGUUGGAUAGACUAAUGCAGCAAUUACAAGACCUGGAGGAAUGCAGAGAAGAACUUGAUACAGAUGAAUAUGAAGAAACCAAAAAGGAAACUCUGGAGCAACUAAGUGAAUUUAAUGAUUCACUGAAGAAAAUUAUGUCUGGAAAUAUGACUUUGGUCGAUGAACUAAGUGGAAUGCAACUGGCUAUCCAGGCAGCUAUCAGCCAGGCCUUUAAAACCCCAGAGGUCAUCAGAUUAUUUGCAAAGAAACAACCAGGUCAGCUUCGGACAAGGUUAGCAGAGAUGGAUAGAGAUCUCAUGGUAGGAAAGCUGGAAAGAGACCUGUAUACUCAACAGAAAGUGGAGAUACUUACAGCUCUCAGGAAACUUGGAGAGAAGCUGACUGCAGAUGAUGAGAACUUCUUGUCAGCAAACGCAGGUGCUAUUCUCAGCCAGUUUGAGAAAGUCUCUACAGACCUUGGCUCUGGAGACAAAGUUCUUGCUCUGGCAAGUUUUGAGGGAAAAAACGAAAAAAUGAUAUGGUGUGAAAACUUGGGACAAUGAUCACAUUCUUAUUGUAAAUGGUAUUUUUCUUCUGGGGAGUUUGAGUUAUGGCAGAGAAGUCAAGAGAUUCAUGAAAUAUAUUCAUAACCUAAGAAAAGGUGACAGAAAAAUGUACUCACAGCUUUUGUUUAUGCCCUUUGUCAUUGUGCUUUGUGUAGAGAUACGCGAGUGAUUCUCGCCUUGUUGGGAUGGAAGGCUUCAUGGACCUUGUUCAUUAUAGUUUGUUUAAGAGAAAACAGUGUCUCUGCCUGUUUUUAUUAAACCUCCCUGUUCUUAAGUGCUGAUAGUAAAUGAAAAGAUGUGAAGUGACAGUUCUUUUCUGCUCAUAAUUUAUCCCUACUUGUUGGAGUAAAUAAUAUAGCAACAUCAAUGGACCUCAUAUAUGUUCAUAGCAUUUUAGAGUUCUAAGUGAUCUUAGAAAUCAUUUUCAUUUUACAUACAAGGAAAAUGAGGCUCAGAAAGAGCAAGUGACUUGUUUGAAAUCUUAUUAGAGACAGAGCUGGGGAUAAGACUUGGGUGUCCUGUCAGUGUAAUGUCCAUUAAGUUUUAUUUGUUUACUUUGUGCUACUUUUAAAAAAUAAUUAAGACAUAUUUGUAAAGUCUAUGUUUGUGAACAUUCAGUGUCCCAAUAAGAAGUUGUCACUGAGGGACCCUUCUCCAGCCUGUAGGCUCUCUGUAUGAAUGGUGCCCAUUGUGUCUCUGAGUUUUGAGCUUGGAACAAUGGGAGCCCUGUUGUGAGUCUCCUGAGGUAACUUAACCUCCUCCGUUGUUUCACCAGGGAAGCAAUUGGAAGUGGCAGCUUGAGGCCCUCCCUGUGUGUGACCUCUUUGCUGAAACCCAGAGGGUGGUGACCGUAAACUACUAUUUACUCUUCAGUUUUUGGAGAAAUGCAAAAUAAGUUCCAAGGAGUAGCCAGUUUCUCUCCUGAAUGUUUAGUCUCUCUGCACGCUCAGAUAUGUAGAUUUUUGCAUAUGUAUGUACGUCAGCUUGUUCCCCAGGCUCUGGCCACUUUAUAUUCCUACAUGUUUUUCUCAAUAUUCUUUUUCUUUUAAAAAUUAAAAACAUUCUUACAAUGUUUAAA